UGGAUAUCCACGCUUCCACAGUUGAUUUCCCUUGCAACCUACUAACAAAAGCCCGAAGUCCCCCCAAACACUUUCGCCCAGCGUUUUGAAACUUCUCCAAAGUUGCAUUUUAGGAGCCAAAUCUCUCUGGCCCCCAUCACAAGCGCCAAGAUCAUCGUCGCUCACACCCGUAUUCAAUGGAUUCAGAUGAGGGGGCCAGAGCAGUGGAGAGUUCUGCUGGAGCGGAGUUGGUUGUAUGUGAAACUGAAAUGGUUGUAGAACCGUAUGAGGGCAUGGAAUUUGAAUCUGAAGAUGCUGCCAAGAUAUUCUAUGAUGAGUAUGCACGACAGGUAGGAUUUGUCAUGCGUGUGAUGUCUUGCCGUCGCUCUGAAAGAGAUGGGAAGAUUCUUGCCCGCCGGCUUGGAUGUAAUAAGGAGGGGCACUGUGUUAGCAUUCGCGGUAAGUUUGGGCCAGUUAGGAAGCCACGGGCAAGCACUAGGGAAGGUUGUAAGGCAAUGAUUCAUGUAAAAUAUGAUAAGUCUGGAAAAUGGGUGAUAACUAAAUUUGUAAAGGAUCAUAAUCAUCCACUUGUGGUGUCCCCACGUGAAGCCCGUCAAACGAUGGAUCAAUGGUUGCCUUGGAAAUUUUCCUUCAGGAACUACAUCAAACUAAUGCUGAUGGUCGUUUUUAAGGAUGAAAAGGAUAAAAAAAUCCAGGAAUUAACUACAGAACUGCGGAAUAAGAAACGGUUAUGUGCAACGUAUCAAGAACAGCUAAAUGCAUUUAUGAAAAUGGUUGAAGAGCAUAGUGAGCAGCUAUCCAAGAAAGUUCAAAAUGUAGUUGACAAUCUUAAAGAAUUUGAGCCAAUAGAGAAGGAGCUUCUGCCCCAUAGAUAGCCUUGGCACUUAGCCAAUAGGAAGAAACAAUGACAGAAAACCAACAUGACCUUUUGCGUCUUGUAAAAUGCAAGUGAUGAUGGAGCUGCCCUGAUUUCGUAUCAUUGUUUAUAAAGGCUGUACAUUGUAAUAUUAUUGUCUUUUUUUUUUUUUUUUUUUGUGGGUGUAGCAAGUAGGAAGAAGAAUGGCUGGGUUUGAGGGCAUAUUUAAGGGUAGAAGAUGAAUUCCUUCAACCUUUUUAAGUGAUUCAUAUCUGUGAUCAUAUAGGGCAUAGGUAUUUUGAAAAUUUAGAUAGAAUUCCUCUUACUCUUUCUUUCUUUUAAUUUUUCCCCCCUUCUUUUGCUGAUUAUAUCAUAGUCCAAUUUGUUGAAGAGGUGAGUUUGGGUUGUACUGGAUCAAAUAUAUGACUUGGAUUUAUAGAAUCUAAACCAAUUGUAACAUGUAUACUGUUGAUAUGAUAUUGAAAUUCAGUGCUUUUUCUAUGUCAGCUGUGUGGUUGAAGCCCACACCAGCAACAUGCC